CUUUGAAGUGAAACGGAAGGUUACUAGCGGAUACAAUUGAAGAAUUGAAGCAAAUCCAAAACUAAUUUCUUUCACACAAUAACAACAAAAAACCAAGCCACAACAACAAGAACAAAAGUAAAGCUAAAUAAAUUCUAUAGUUCUGUGUUUUUUCGAAGCAGCAACAACAAGCAAAACAAAAUAGUAGUGAAUGUGUUAUGUUGUAUGUAUGUGUGUGUAACAGCAGCAACAGAAACAAGAAGUAAAGUAAAGAAGAAGAAGAAAUAAGAAAAAAUUAAAACAAAACAAAAAAUCAACCACCAAAAACAACAACCACGGUAAAAUUUUACAGAGUCGUCGAGUCGAAGUAAAACAAAAAAAAAAUAACAACAAAAAACGGCAAAAGAAAAAUUUGUAAUUACAAAUAAACAAGAAGCGCUCAGUGAGAAAAACGUUGUAGUGAAUUUGAUGAAUGUCGUGUGUACAACAAUAGCAGGCUAGAGGCAAAAAACAAACAAACAACAAUAACAGCAAGCAUACCUUGUAAUGGGAAAAUUUCUCUAACAAAACAAAUCUAAUCGGAAAAUAGAAAAUUUCUAUCAAAAACGCCGUAAAAAGGAAAAACGAAAAGGAACCACUUUUUGACAAUUCUCUGUGGAAAUUAAGAAGAAGAAGCAGUGUAAAAACAGAAUUUCCGUUUUCCUGCCAAGCAAGCAACCAACCAACCAACAUCAACGAGAAGAAAAUCCAACAAGAAAAUCUCUCCCCCCGUUUCGCCAAAAAAGAAGAAAAAUAAAGAGCCUAAACAGCUGAUUCAGUUCCAAAGAAAAACAUCAACAACAACAACAACCAAUAUUUACACCACAGACCGCAAGUGGCAAGAAGAGGAAGCAAACAUUCAACACAAAUCCAACAACAACAACAGGAACAGGAACCCAAACAACACACCUCCCAAUUGAAGGAACUCGCAUUCGAAAACGCUCGUUAUCCAAUUGGUAUUUAAUCACGGUUACAUCGUCGUCUCCGGGGAACCCAAUUCGCUUGAUUCGCGUCAUUCUAAGGCUUUAAAAGUUCGCGUCCUUAGAUUAUCAAAUCGUCCUUAUCGUCCUUCGUGGUUAUCGUCGUCUUCGCCGUAAACGUCGUUGUCGUCGUCGCCGUUCUACGCCCUCUCUAAUACACCACCUACACAAACCGACCCCCCAACUGCUAACCCAUUUAGCGUGGUCCGUUUGUGUGCGUAAGCGAGCGAGCAAAGCGCAAAAAUUACCCAGGAGCCGAAUUUCAUAACCGACAAACUGUUCAACACAGCCGUCAAAAUAAUUCACCAACCCAGCGACCCGAACAUACCCAAGGCUAUCAUGCCCUAUAACGGCUCAACCAAUGGCAGUGCCGGCGGCGGAGGGGGCGUUCUGGUGGUCAGCGAUGGGCCGCAGAACAAAAAGAUACGCACCGGUGUCCAGCAGGGAGGUGACGGGGAUGUACACAUGAUUGCCAGGGUAAGCUACACCUCUGAUAUGGAUAAUUCGCAUCUAAUGCAGACAACCACUCAAAGCCAACAACAGCCCUUGAUGAAUAAAUCGAAUGAUGAUCUGAGAAGAAAGCGCCCCGAAUCCACAAGGCCAAAUCACAUUUUGCUCUUCACCAUCAUAAAUCCAUUCUACCCGAUUACAGUUGAUGUCUUGCAUAAAAUAUGUGUCCCACACGGCCAGGUAAUGCGCAUUGUCAUAUUCAAAAAGAAUGGCGUCCAGGCCAUGGUGGAAUUCGACAGCUUGGAAUCGGCAACCAGAGCCAGGGAAAAUUUAAAUGGAGCUGAUAUUUAUUCGGGAUGUUGUACUUUGAAAAUUGAUUUUGCCAAGCCGGAAAAAUUGAACGUCUACAAAAAUGAACCAGAAACCAGCUGGGAUUACACUCUCGCCACUGCAGUUAAAGAAAUUACCAAUGGACGUUCACCUUUGCUUCAGGAGCCACUCUAUGGAACUCGAGCUCAGCAGUACAUUAGCCUAAUCUCGACUCCGUCAAAUUUUUGUCCAUUUAAAGAACAACCAUUGCUGGGACCGGGCGCUGCAUUCCCACCAUUUGCCGGACCAGAAUUCCAUCCCACCACACCGGAGAAUUGGAAAGGUGCCAGUGUCCAUCCCACAGCAUUGAUGAAAGAAACAGCUGCAAUACCCGGCCGCAAUACAGCAGUGGCGGCAUUUACCGCCCAGGGACAGGCACAGGGAGCUGUCAUGAUGGUUUAUGGCUUGGAUCAGGAUACAUCGAACACAGAUAAACUCUUCAAUUUGGUCUGCUUGUAUGGAAAUGUUGCCAGGAUCAAAUUCCUUAAAACCAAAGAAGGCACUGCCAUGGUGCAAAUGGGCGAUUCAGUGGCUGUCGAACGUUGCGUCCAACAUCUGAACAACAUUCCCGUUGGCACAAAGGGCAAAAUCCAAAUCGCCUUCUCCAAACAGAACUUUUUGUCCGAAGUCAUAAAUCCCUUCCUAUUGGCCGAUCACACACCCAGCUUCAAAGAAUACACCGGUUCAAAGAACAAUCGUUUCCUAUCGCCAGCCCAGGCUAGCAAAAAUCGUAUACAACCACCGAGCAAGAUUUUACAUUUCUUCAACACACCACCUGGUCUCACCGAGGAUCAAUUGAUUGGCAUUUUCAAUAUCAAAGAGGUUCCUGCAACAUCUGUCAGGCUAUUCCCCCUUAAGACCGAACGUUCCUCAUCGGGUCUAAUUGAAUUCCCCAAUAUUGCCCAGGCUGUUUUGGCAAUCAUGAAGUGUAAUCAUCUGCCCAUUGAAGGCAAAGGCACCAAAUUCCCCUUUAUUAUGAAGCUAUGUUUCUCAUCAUCGAAAAGUAUGAAUGGUGCCUGGAAUAAUGCCGCCAAUGAGGGUAUGAUUGAAAAGGAGAAUGAUGCCGAAAUUAAACAAGAUGUUGGCUAUAACUGAGAUGAUGCCCUAAUGAUGUCGGCGGCAUCAUUACAGCAGCAGCAGCAACAACAACAACAACCACAACAUUAAACAAAAGAAAGAAGACGUGAAGACAAAGAUGUUAUAAUAAAAUGAAACAGCAAAAUAUAACCCACAAUUAAAAUGGAAAAGCUACAAGGAAAGAAGAGAUUUUAUUUGAAAGAAUGAGUGGAGAAGAAGAAGAAAAUACAGUAGCAAAGAGCAGCUAAAAUAAAACUGAAGACAAGAUGGCAGACAGGUGUGCUACAUAAAUUUGAAUUAUUUUGAGUUAUUUUAUUUUUAUUUAAGUUUUAAUAACAAAAAACAACUGAGAAGAGGCCUCACCCAAGGAAGACAAAAAGGUGCAAACAACAAAACAAGAACAACAAAUAGAAUUUUAGUGAUAAUUUAAAACAAAAAAAAAAACAAACAAAUUCAAAGCAUGCUUUUAGGCUUUCUUCCUCAAUUGAUGAAAAUAUGAAAUAAAUUAAACUGAAAAAAUAUUAUUAAUUUAUAUUUAAAUGAAUUUGCUUAUUAUUUUUUUGUUGUUAUUACAUUAUAUAGUAUAUAAUUUAAUAAUUUUUGUUGUAAUUUCUAUAUAUAUAUAUAUAUACACACACAUAAAACUUAUAAAUAUUUUACUCAUAAUCUCACUUUUGAGUUGUAAGGUUUUUUUCUAUUAAUUAAUUAUUAUUAAAUUUUCAUUUAGUUUGUAACGAUGGAACUUUUACCAAUCAAAUCAACCAGCAAUUGUUGUUUCUCAUUGUUUUUUCUUAAAUAAGUUUUUUUUUAUUAAUUAUUUUUAUUAUUUUGUUUUAUUAACUUCCAUAUAUAAAUAUUUAUAUAAAUAAAAGAAAUUAGUUUUUAUCUUUAUUAUAAAAAUUAUAAAAUAAAACAAAAAACUUGUGUAAAAAAAAUCUCAAAAAAUGAAAAUGUGAAAAAUAACCAAAAAAAAUAUUAAAAACAUGAAUGAAGAAUACAAGAAACCAUGAUUUGACAAUAUAUAUAUAAAAAAUAAUCUAAUCUAAAUAAUAAUAGAGAAGAUAAAAACAAACAGAUUUACAAAAAACAAAACAAAAACACAAAAAAUAAUUACUAAAACUCUAAGAAGAACAAGAUAAAUGAAAUGAAUUAAGGUCCUAUUGGUUUUGCUUAUUUUUAUUUCUUUUUUUUUUCGAAAAAAAAAAACAACACAAAAAAUCGUAGUAUUAUUAUCAAAUGAAAACAAAAAAAAACAAAAGGAAAAUGAAAAUACAACAAAACCAACAAAAACAUGAAAUACUAAAAAUAUAUACAAAAAAAGAUGAAAAUGAAAAGAAAAAACAAUAUAAUUAUGUAUGUAUGUUAUUUUUACAAUGUAAUUAAGAAAUUAUGUGCUUACAACAACAACAAGAACAACUAAGAGUAUAACAAUAGAAAAACACAAGACAACUGCAUGCUUAACAAAACCAACAACAAAUACCACAAGAGCAACAAAUUUAUUUAGUUUACAACUUUCGAUGAGAUAUGUUUACGAGAGCUCUACAGGGUAGCCCAAAAUGUAUGUGAAUGGGGGAAGUGUGGAUGAUGUGAAGAAAGAGGUUUAUGGAUGGCCACAUUCAUGUCAUUAUUUUGGGGAAAUGGAAACCUAUUAUUCCCAUAAAUUACCAUAAGGAAUUUUUAAAAAGAAAAUAUCCUGGAAUUGUCACAGAAAAUCUGCAAAACCUCUUGAAAAAGAAGACCAAUACUAUUUUUUAUUUACCCUACACCACAUAUUUGUAAGGGUAUUAUGUGUUUGUGCAUUUGUUUGUAACAUGGAGAAGGAAACGGGAUAAACCCAUAGUUCCUUUUUGGCUGAUCAGCAUAGAAUCACUUUCUUAGGCGAUUUAUGCAUAUCCGUCGGUCUGUGUGUCCAUCUGUCUAUGUAUUUUUGUAAACAAAAUGCAGGUCGCAUUUAUUAUUCGAUUGAGCUGAAAUUUUCCAAAUAAUAUUUGUAUGGCUCAUGGACGAACCCUAUAGGAAUUGGAUUGAAAAUCGGUCCAAAUUUAGCUAUAGCUCACAUAUAUAUCUACGACCGACCUAUCAUCAGUCCAAAUGGAGUGAAUUUCGGCAUUUCCAAAUUUAUAUUAACCUCCCACAUAUAUCUACGACCGAUUUUCUGGUUUAUUGUGGCCCAAAUGACUAAAUAUUAUCAGUCCAAAUGGAGUGAAUUUCGGCAUUUCCUAACGAAUUCAGUCGACAAGCAUGUAUUUUAAAUUUGUUGAAAAUCGCUUCAGAUAUAGCUAUAGCUAACAUAUAUAUGCGUUUCAUCCGUUUUUAGGUUUCUUGUGCACCAAAUGGCUAAUAUCAGUCCGAUUGUGUGAAUUUCGGCACUUGCGACCGAAUUUAGUAUAGAAUGAUGUACUUUAAAUUUGAUAAAAAUCGGUUCAGAUAUAGCUAUAGCUCCCAUAUAUAUAGAUAUGUUUCAUCCGAUUUGGUGUUUAAGUCACUCAAGAAUAAUAUUUGGUACCAGAUAUCAGAUACAGCCAAGAAAUAACUGUUUUCAAUUUUAUAAAGAUCGGUUCCGAUUUGGAUAUAGCUCCCAUUAUCCGAUUUCAGGUUUAUUGUGCGCCAAAUGGCUAAUAUUAGCCCAAAUGCUAUGAAUUUUCACAAUUCAACAGAGUUUGGCAAAUUUCCUUAUCUGAUUUGGUGUUCAAAUCUCCAACUUUCAGCAGAUGCACUCUACCAUAAUGAUAUUUUGUACCCGAUAUCUCAUAGAGCUCAGAAAUUGCAAUAUAAACCUUUCUUUUACAAGACCUCUACUAAAUAUGCAUAGGGGUGUAGGGUAUCAUAUAGUCGGCCCCGCCCGACUUUUGAGCUUUCCUUACUGGUUUAAAAAUAUAGAUUCCCCAUGAUCUUGGCCAUUGGGUCGGAUGGUAUCCAUUUCAAAAUAGAACAAUUUUUUAUGGUUUUUAUUGAGAGUUAAAAAGUCUUCUGACAAAAGUCCAGAUAAAAUUCUUUCUCAAAUUUCAAAAUCAUUUAACAAAUGCCCAUUCAAUUGGACAUUCCUAAAAAUGAUUUGAUUUUUAUAAUCUCCUCCUAUUUUUACCCCCUCAUUAAUAUUUUGGGCCACCCUGUACCCCUAAGAUAUGCAGUAUUGUUUCUAAUUUAAUUUAAUUUGAUUAUCAUUUUGGCAUAAACAAAAGCAACCAACAAAAAAUUUAAUUAAAUGAAAAUGAAAAAGAUAAUGGAAUGCACAACUUUUUACAAAUUUACAAUUUUACCAAGCAAACAACCAACCAACCAACAACAAUUAAAAAAAGACAUUUUUGUGCUUAAUUUUAAAUAAAUAUUGUAUAAUUAAUUAAUUAAAUAAUUUUUU